AUGGGAGUACUGGUGCCCUGCAGGAGGAGGAGGCUGGGUCUGGUCCUGCUGGUGUGCCUCAUGGCUGCAGUAGGGCUCGCUUUCUUAUCAAACUACAUGACUGUGAAGAAACAACAUGUUACCAGCUUUCUCAAAAGGAGCAGCAGAAACAGAGUCACUGGACACAGCACAAGAGAAAGUCACCACGCAAAACAAACUCAUGCCCAAAGACCUGUUGCCUGGGACACCUGUGUUGACUUACUCCAAAGGAACCAAAGUAAAGCAGACCUUACUGAGUCUAGCACAGCUCUCUCACAUUCUCAUCAUUUGAAUGUUGCUGCUGCAAGCUGUCUUGACUAUACUCAGAACUGGCAGCAGAACUUGUCAGCUGGAGUGGACACAAGGGACUUUCCCAUAGCAUACAUCCUCGUCGUGCACAAGAACGCUGCUCAGGUAGAACUGUUACUACAUUCCAUCUACACUCCGUACAACGUAUACUGCAUACAUGUGGACAAAAGGUCUCCGUCCGAGUUCAGAGCGGUGCUGUCGGCAGUGGCGGACUGCUAUGACAAUGUUUUCAUUUCCCGUCGACUGGAGUCCGUCGUGUACGGCGGGUACAGCAGGCUACAGGCAGACCUGAACUGUCUGCACGACCUGGUCAGCUCCCCCGUCAGAUGGCGCUAUGUGAUCAACCUGGCUGGGCAGGACUUCCCACUCAAGACGCAGAAUGAGAUUGUUGCACAGCUGAGAGUGUUUGGUGGACAGAAUGACAUUCCUGGUGUCCAGUCUUCCAGCAACAUCCAUGGGGACAGGACACGCUUUGUCCACGAUGUAGUCUCCAAUAGUGAUGGUCAGAUGUCAGUGGUUCAGACAGAAAAGAGGAAAAGCCCCCCUCCCCACAAUGUGACCAUUUAUACUGGCAUCGCAUACUACAUCGCCAGCCGUGCAUUCAUGAGCUGGGUGCUGACAGACAAGGUAGCUAAGGACCUACUGGAGUGGUCUCAGGACACAUACAGCCCAGACGAGUUCUACUGGGCCACCCUGAACAAACUCCCAUCAGCUCCGGGUGGGUUUUCCAAACCCACGUGGUCGUCCUCCAUCCGUGCCAUCAAGUGGGUGUACUUCGAGGGUAAGCAGUACCCACCCUGUCAGGGGAAGUACGUGCGAGACGUGUGCAUUUUCGGAGUCGGAGACAUGCAGUGGCUGAUUGACUGUCAUCACCUGUUUGCUAACAAGUUUGACCUGAACUUUGACCCGGUCAUCCUGCAGUGUCUGCAGGAGCUGCUGAAGUGGAGGGGAGAACGUCCGUAUGAUACCAGAUUCACUGCCAAGGACUUUCCAAGGAAAGACAUGCCAUGGCUGCUGUGAUAGAUAGGGUUGUUUUGUUUACGUGUUUACAGACAUUUCUUGUAGAUUGCCCAGACACAGGACAAAGUGAAUGAUGGAUGGAGUUUGCCUAGUGUGAUCUGGAUCAUGCUUGUUUCUCUGGAGCUGAAUAGCAAUGAUUCAGACAAACUGGCAUUCUGCAGGCCAGAAUAGUUAUAAUGGCAGUUAUUCUUAUAUGAUGCCAAUUUUGGGAAUAUUUAUUUUCAUCUUGCAAUUCAGCACAUUUUAUUUUUGUAUAAUCCCUGUGACACAGAUUUUCUUUGGCAGCUCAACUUUCAUGAUGGUAGGUCUACAGAAAAGUUUUUAUGUCAAAUGAUUGGCUAACUUACCCAUAUGACUCCUAUUUGUGGUUAUGAGAUGCUCUCUUACAUCAAUGACAUCAUGAGACAUCCAUGCCUUCAAUAUCUGAGAGCAAAUUGUUUUGUUACCCUUUGUCAUAUUUUGAGCAUUGUCUGUCUUUGACAUACCUGCUCUUUAUUGUGUUUUAAUAAUAUGCAUGAUGUAGUUCCAUUAUUGUCUGUCCAACAAAAGUAAAGUUGCACUUUUUCCAUA